CUGUGCCAAUGAUGGCGUUUGACGCGGAAGUAAAGAUCGAGAGAACCAAAAUGGCAGCGUCAAGCUGUCUUCUGCCGAAGCUUGAUGGAUUCGUAUUUACUGAGAAACUGGGCAGUGGAACGUAUGCGACAGUGUACAAAGCUUACAGAAAGGGAAACCAGCGUGAAGUAGUGGCGAUCAAGUGUGUCCUCAAGAAUUCUUUGAACAAAGCUACAACUGAAAAUUUACUUACAGAAAUUGAGAUAUUGAAGAAAAUUAAACAUGACUAUAUUGUCAGACUCAAGGACUUCCAGUGGGACAGUGAAUGCAUCUAUCUUAUUAUGGAGUAUUGUAGUGGAGGAGAUCUUUCCAAUUUCAUCCGAUGUAAGAGAGCUCUGCCCGAGAAAAUAGUGAAAAGGUUUUUACAGCAGUUAGCAUGUGCACUCAAAUUUCUACAUACUAAGAAGAUAUCGCAUAUGGAUCUUAAGCCACAGAAUGUACUCCUGUCCAGCACCCAUGAUCCUGUCUUAAAACUUGCAGAUUUUGGUUUUGCUAUGCAUAUGAGGAAUAGCAUGCACAGUAUUCGAGGAUCUCCACUCUAUAUGGCACCCGAAAUGAUUUGUGAACAAGCUUACGAUGCAUCAGUCGAUCUAUGGUCUGUGGGAGUUAUUUUAUAUGAGUGUUUGUUUGGUGAAGCACCAUUUGCUUCAAGAACAUUUGCAGAACUUGCAGAAAAAAUCAGGGAUCCGAGUCCAAUUUGUUGUUAUUUUCAUAAUUAAUCUCUUCUACAGUUGCCAGCAGGUUUCAAUGUAUCUGACCAGUGUCGCGAUCUUUUACUACGACUUCUGCAAAGAGACCCAAAACAAAGGAUAUCAUUUGAAGACUUCUUCAAUCACCCUUUUAUAGACUUAGAACACAUGCCGUCCGCAAAAAGCCUGGAGAAAGGGAAAUCCCUUGUAUCACAAGCUGUUAUAAAGGACAGAGAAAAUGAUGCAAGAAGUGCAAUUAAAUAUUACUGUAAAGCACUGGAAUACUUAGUACCAGCAUUGCAAUUUGUGCAAGACAGAGAGAGCAGAGAAGCUCUCAGGGGAAAGGUGUGUGAAUACAUGCUAAGAGCAGAGGAAUUAAAGAAGUCAUUCAAACCAAAACACAGGGAUGUGAGAAAAGUUCAAAGACAUGAGGAAUCUAGUAAUCUUACAGAGCAGAAUAAAGAUAGAGAAAAUAAAAUGCCAUUUGACAACGAUGAAACGAAUGUUGGUGUUACAAAAGCUGAAGAUAUUCGACCCGUUACACCGAUGGAACAGUCGGCUGAUGUUGCCGAAGCGACAAGCUGUAGUGACACAAUCUACUUAUUAGAGCGGUUAUCUCUCAACAACCAUGUUCUUUUAGAAGGAAUACAACAAGCAAAGAUUGGUGGAUUGAGGGAAGAUGAAGAAGAGUUUGAGGGCGCUCUUCAUAUGUACCAAGAGGCAUUGGAGAUUUUACUUCCUGUUUUAGCAUUGGAACCUAAAGGUAAACGAAGAGAUCUACUACACACUGAAAUACAGAGAAUUAUGGCAAGAGCUGAAAAUAUAAAGGACUAUCUAAGGAUUGGAUCAUUCAAGAUUCGGCAGAUAUCAAUGGAAGACUCCAUCAGACCAGACACACCCUCAAGUAUACCGAGUUUUCUCAAAGAUGUUAAUGAGAAGUCUGAAAGGCUCCUAGCGGAGAUGCAUGCUGGUAUCGAUAAUACAUCAAAUAGAGAGAGAGGCACGGUGAAAGAUAGUACACCGUUACCAUGGAAACUAGCCAAUAAAAAGCAAGAAACUGUAGGUAAUGGAAAUAGAAUGUUCUUCACAACGCCAGUCAGUGAGUGA